CUUUCCUCAUAUUUUUAUUUGAACAACAAGUAGUAUACUAUUAACACAAUACAUUAAACCAAAAAAAAAAAACCUUUCAAUUACACCCUUCUCAAACUCCUUAUUGCCAUAUAUAUCUUCCUAUAUAUAUAUAUAGUCCAAAACUCUUUAUCUCUCUUUUUUCUCAACCAUGGUGAAGAUUGAGAAGAGCCCAUCAAAGGCAAGAGGUAAUAACUCUACUCCAACAUCAUCAACGCCCGGGAAAAAUAAGUACAAGGGAGUGAGAAUGAGAAGUUGGGGUUCCUGGGUUUCCGAGAUUAGGGCACCAAAUCAAAAGACAAGGAUUUGGUUGGGAUCAUAUUCCACCGCUGAGGCUGCGGCUCGGGCAUACGACGCCGCAUUGCUGUGCCUCAAAGGCUCCUCAGCCAAUCUCAACUUCCCUACUUCAACGACAACAUUCUCUAGUUCCUUGCAAAACGAUGUCCCCCACGACGUCGUUUUGUCCCCCAAGUCCAUCCAAAGAUUCGCCGCCGCCGCCGCAGCCGCCGUAACAAAUACGACGACAACAACAACUACAACGACUACUACUACGGCUAAUACUACUUUUGUUAAUGACAAUAAUACCCUUGCCAUUUCAACACUUUAUAAUGAUCUCCGAUCUUCCUCUUACUCUUCCUCUUCUUCAUCGUCAGUGGUCUCUUCGCCGUCGGAUCAGGUUGAUGACGACGUGUCGCUGAUGGGUUCUCUUGAUGGGACCCGCAUGAAUAAUGAUAACAAUUAUGAUCAUCAUCAACAACCAAUGGCUAUGAUGGAAUCGUGGCCGUUUGAUGCGCUUAUUCAUGAAUACUCGCCAAAGUACGUGGAUCAUCAUGAUCAUCAGAUGCUAACAAGCUUAAUGUUUGAUCCGCAGAUGUUGGUGGAGGAUCCUUACGAAGAAAGCGAUAUUCGUUUGUGGAGUUUCUGCUGAGAAAUUGAAAAAAAAAAAAAAAAAAAAAAAAAAAGUUAUUCA